GUGGCUUAGUGGGACAGCACCUGUCUGAACAUCCAGAUGUUCGCAAAGUCGGAUUCACUGGUUCAACACCCACUGGCAAACAGAUCAUGAAGAGUGCAGCUGCCAAUCUGAAGAAGGUCUCUCUUGAACUUGGUGGCAAAUCACCACUGAUCAUAUUCAGUGACUGUGAACUUGAGAGAGCUGUAAAAAUGGGUAUGGGAGCAGUGUAUUUCAACAAAGGAGAGAACUGCAUUGCAGCUGGCAGACUGUUUGUGGAAGAGUCAAUCCAUGAUGAGUUUGUUAGAAAAGUGGUGGAAGAAAUAAAAAAGAUGAAGAUCGGUGACCCACUUGACAGAUCGACAGAUCAUGGUCCGCAAAAUCACAAGGCACAUUUGGAAAAGCUGCUGCAGUAUUGUGAAACAGGAGUAAAAGAAGGAGCUACACUAGUGUAUGGAGGAAGACAAGUACAUAGACCAGGCUUCUUCAUGGAACCCACGGUAUUCACAGACGUUGAAGAUCAUAUGUAUAUUGCCCAGGAAGAAUCUUUUGGACCUGUGAUGGUGAUUUCUAAAUUUAAAAAUGGGGAUGUGGAUGGAGUGCUGCGACGGGCGAAUGCCACAGAAUAUGGCUUAGCCUCAGGAGUCUUCACAAAAGACAUAAGUAAAGCUCUCUACAUCAGUGAAAAGCUAGAAGCUGGAACAGUUUUUAUUAACACAUACAACAAAACUGAUGUGGCAGCACCAUUUGGUGGAUUUAAGCUGUCUGGCUUUGGGAAAGAUUUAGGUGAAGAAGCUCUUCAGGAAUAUCUCAGAACCAAGGCUAUCACUGUGGAAUAUUAAAGUAACAGCUUCAUUUGGGAAGUAAAUUUCCAGCAGAGUUUGAACCUUAACGACUACAUGGAGCACUUGAUGCCGUGCCUGGGGUAUGCACUCUGCAGUGCUGCAACUAAACAAGCCAAAACACUCAUUCCAUGGAUGAGUUUCUAGAAAUCACGUCCAAAUUUUGGUCUCACUGACAGAUACAGGUUUUCGAAAAUGAACCUGA